CCUUAAACCAGUUCCUCCUUCCUCUUGUCAUUGCUCUGCUCUCCGUCUCGUUUUCCUUCUCUGCUCAAUUUAAGGGAGGAGAAAGAAAGAUAGAAAGACAACAUAAAAGUUUCAAUCUUUAAAGCUCUGAGCUUCCUUAAAAACCAAGACAACAUAAAAAUGGCUUUCGAAAAGAUCAAGGUUGCUAACCCCAUCGUUGAAAUGGAUGGAGAUGAAAUGACCAGAGUUUUCUGGCAAUCAAUAAAGGAAAAGCUUAUUUUCCCAUUUUUGGAUUUGGAUAUCAAGUACUUUGACCUUGGCCUUCCUCAUCGCGAUGCCACUGAUGAUAAAGUCACUAUUGAAAGCGCAGAAGCUACUCUUAAGUACAAUGUAGCAAUCAAGUGUGCAACUAUUACUCCAGAUGAAGCUCGUGUCAAGGAGUUUAAAUUGAAGCAGAUGUGGAAGAGUCCAAACGGAACAAUUAGGAACAUUUUGAACGGUACUGUCUUCAGAGAACCAAUUAUUUGCAAAAACAUUCCCCGCCUUGUCCCAGGUUGGACAAAGGCAAUUUGCAUCGGAAGACAUGCUUUUGGUGAUCAAUAUCGGGCAACUGAUGCAGUCAUCAAAGGAGCUGGCAAACUCAAGCUAGUGUUUGUGCCAGAAGGACAGGAUGAGAAGACAGAGUUGGAGGUCUACAACUUUACAGGUGCUGGUGGGGUGGCAUUGGCCAUGUAUAACACUGAUGAGUCCAUCCGUUCUUUUGCUGAAGCUUCUAUGAACACUGCUUACCAAAAGAAGUGGCCACUUUAUCUCAGCACAAAAAAUACUAUCCUUAAGAAGUACGAUGGAAGAUUCAAGGAUAUCUUUCAAGAAGUCUAUGAGGCUAACUGGAAAUCAAAGUACGAGGCUGCAGGAAUAUGGUAUGAACACCGACUCAUUGAUGAUAUGGUUGCAUAUGCUCUCAAGAGUGAAGGAGGUUAUGUAUGGGCAUGCAAAAACUAUGAUGGGGAUGUGCAGAGUGAUUUCUUGGCACAAGGUUUCGGAUCUCUUGGCUUGAUGACCUCUGUAUUGGUAUGCCCUGAUGGAAAGACCAUAGAGGCCGAGGCAGCCCAUGGUACAGUUACUCGGCAUUACAGGGUUCACCAGAAAGGUGGUGAAACCAGCACAAACAGUAUUGCCUCUAUUUUUGCUUGGUCAAGAGGACUUGCCCACAGGGCUAAGUUGGAUGAUAAUGCUAAACUCUUGGAUUUCACUGAGAAACUAGAGGCAGCUUGCGUUGGAGCUGUGGAGUCUGGCAAGAUGACCAAGGAUCUCGCAUUGCUUAUCCAUGGAUCUAAGGUUAGCAGGGACCAGUACCUCAACACCGAAGAGUUCAUUGAUGCUGUGGCCAAGGAGCUGAAAGCCAGACUUGGUAGGCAAAGUGAGCAGUGAAGUAAAGCUUGAUUCGAGCUUCUUAUCGGAAACAAAUAAAGGAGAGGAGAAAGAAGGAAGAAAGGGGAUGAUUAGAGAAUUCAUGAAUUUAAUCAACUCAGCUUUAUUUUUCCUCUCAUCGAUCUCUUGUUUGAUUCAGCUUCAUAUCAUUUCAAUUUGACUCUUUUUUGCCAGCAACUUACUAUAACGUGUUUUUGAUCCUAUUCUCUGCUUACUUGCGUUUAGGGCUGCUUUUUUCUUCUUGAUCUCUCGGAAGGAAAACAAGAAAAGGACGCUCAUGGCCAAUAUGCUGUGGACGAAAGUACAGAAUUAAAAUUAAAUAAGAAUUGUUAUAUAACCCCACUUUAUAUUUU